AUGGGUGGAUGCUAUUGUGAAGAAGAUUAUUGUGUUUGUGACUCUUCAAUUCGAACCAUUGUGUUGGUUGGUUGUGCGGGCAAUGGAAAAAGUGCUACAGGUAAUAGUAUAUUAGGGAAAAAAGCAUUCUUAUCAAAGUCUAAAUUUGAUGGUGUGACAACUACUUGUAACCUAGACAAGACUAGUUUAGAUGAUGGUCGAAUCCUUAAUGUCAUUGAUACACCAGGGUUAUUUUGUUCAUUAUCUGAUAACAAAUCUCUUGGGGAGGAGAUUGCUAAGUGCAUUGCCCUAGCAAAAGACGGCGUCCACGCUUUCCUGGUGGUCGUGUCGCUUAAAAAUCGAUUCACUGAUGAACAAGGAGUUGCUGUUAAGAAUCUGCAAACUUUUUUUGGGAAUAAGAUCAACGAUUAUAUGAUUGUUGCUUUUACACAUGGUGAUGAUCUUGAAGAAGAUGAAACAUUGGAGGAUCGACAAAGGAUGAUGCCGAGAAGGCGAAGCAAGAUUCUGCAACUUUCAGCCCUCAUCCACAAAGUUGCCAUUAGAAAUGGUGGCGAGCCAUAUACUACUGAGUUGUUUGUGGAAUAUAAGAAAGAAGCCAACCCAACAAUGCUUCCUCAUGAGCAAACUGCAGAUCAGUUGCCGAACUCGCAGCUUCAAAAUUUCACUAUCACGGUGGUUUCAAAACUAACGGAACUUCAGCAGACAACAAGUAGACUUGAAACUCAGCCGGCGAAAUCAGAAGACGAGAUUCGUAAGUUGAGAGAGGAGUUGGACUGUGAGAAAUCUGAAAACAUGGCUCGUCAGUUGGACUCGAAUGAAGCCAGAUUCGAGGCUUUUAUGUUAAGAGAGGAGUUGGAGUUUGAGAGAGCCAAAAACAAUGCCCAUGAAACAGGGAGAAACGAGGGCGUCUGCACAAUCUUGUGA